GAUAACCGCAACUGAAAACUCGCCGAACGAAGCAUUCUUCCGUACAACUAACUGCCUCUGCCCAAACCACUGAAAAGAAAUGACGAAAGAACCAAAAUCAAGCGGCGGCUUAAAGGGCUUGCUGCAGAGAACCGGAAAGUUUUUCUACACCACAGGUGUGUACGCUCGUGAUAAGGGCUCUACGGCAUUCAAAUGGGGAUAUCAAGUUGGAGGCCAGGUUGCCUUUGCCGUGGCGACUACGUCUAUGGUAAUGCUGAUGCCAUUACUUUUCGAAAUUGCUCGGGAGGGCCAGAUGCUAGAAUCAGAACGAGCGCAGGUCAAAGAUUACAAGGGCCGUGGGUAUUCGGAUCGGCAGCUGCAAGAGUUGGGUUUCAGCGAAGCCGCACUACAUACGCCGUCCGUCGCUUCUUUGAAUAAAAAGUAGACUUUCAAGGUUGAUGCCAUUUCUCUCUUGCGUGCCAUCUCAACCAGUCCUAGGUGUGGAUACCAUAGUUAUGUCCCUACUCGGGUUUCACUGAAGAAGAGGUCAAGAUUUUCCUCUCGGACUAAAAGAUGAGAAUAAUAAAAAGCACAUAUGCGCGG